AUGUCAAGUUCCAGUGACGACGCCUCUACAAUUUCAGUAGGAAAUCGAUCACAAAAGCCAAAUAAUAAUCGAUCUGAACUCCCUUCUCAACGACUGCACUCAAAUGAAGUUUCCGUGACACCUCCGGUCUCUGGCGAUGAGAAAGGAUCAACGCGUUCCGGAUUUUCGUUGGCAGAUCGUUUGAGCAGCAUAGCAACUGAGCAAUCAAUUCGCUUCUCUGUUACUUCAAGACCGAAAUCCAUCUCUAGUGGAGCUCACAUUGACACUACAGUGUCGGAACCGUCUUUUGAUGAUUCUACUGAUGCUGUUGCGAACACGGGGACUUUGUCAUUGGCUGAACGACUUGCUUUGAGGAAUAAAUCUAAGCAAACUUCCAAACCUAUUCAGCAGCUACAAGGUCGACGCCAGCCUUCCACAACCGACAACCGAUUCACGGAAACGUUCGCUGAUAGAUCAACAGUAUCCUCUAGACGUUCACAAAAUGGGCUGCGAAACCGGUUCGUGACAAAUACCACACCACUUGAUAUUAUUUCCAGCACAGAAAACGAUAGCGUUCGUAGAAUACCCGUCAGGGACAUUGACGAUCUACCGCGCGUAAAUUUGAACUUCCCGAAACGGUUCUCUACCGAGAGGGUAGCUUUCAGAACUACCCCUAAGCCAACCAGUCCAAUUUCAACCGAAGAACCUCAAACAACAACACUGUCUUCUGGUUCGGUCAUCCUUCUGGAAGAACCAUCUACCACUACCCAACGGAAACUCCCCGAGAUCGAAAGUACCGUAACUGAGAAUAUCAACAGCGAUUCGUCAACGACACCGACAGUUAGAGUGUCAUCCACAACAGAAAAACUCACACCUCAGACUUGCCCUGAGCUACAGUGCUUGGACGGUAAAUGUAUAGGGAUUAAUCAGUUGAAUAACGGAGUGCGCGAUUGCUCAGACGGCAGCGACGAGCAAGACUUUGGAGAAAUUAUCACCUAA